AUGGAUGGGGAGGGGAAGCGAAUCCAGGAUGAAUUCUCCUAUCGGAUUUUACUCGCCGAGCGAGUUCACUCAGCAGUCCUCGAAGCGCGGUUGUUUAAGUCCGAUUGUGCCGAGGUGGGGAAAUUGGUUGAACGCCUCUCUCAAAUGCUCCGUACCCUACUCCGCUGCGCCACCUCCGUCCCUUCCUUGUACGAAGCACCGAUUCGCCGUGUGCUCGGCCAGGUCUCUACGAUUCUCGAGCGUGCGUUGCCCUUAGUUCGUAAGUGCAAGCGACGAAACAUCUUUCGCAGGCUACUCUCCAUCAGUAACGCCGGUGAUUUUCGCAGAUUAAUCAAUCUACUUGACUCCUCAAUUGGAGACAUGAGAUGGCUUCUCAGAAUUUUCGAUUACGAAGGCUCCCGUGGGGGAAUUCUCUCUCUCCCUCCAAUAGCGAGCGACGAUCCAAUUCUGGCUUGGGUAUGGUCCUUCAUCGCUACCAUUUAUAUGGCUGAAUUACCUGAAAUUAUUGAGGCUGUGAACGAAAUUGCGGCCCUAGUUCAAGAUAAUGACAGGAACAAGAAAAUCUUUGUGGAAGAAGGCGGCGUGACUCCAUUGUUGAAGAUGAUAAAAGAUCGGACCACCACGGAAGCACAAAUUGCGGCAAUGAGGGCACUGUACAUGUUAUGCAACAAUGAAGAGAGGGUGAGAGUGGUAGUCAAUGAAUCAGGCAUUGAAAUUGUAGUCCAGAUUCUUGUUCUUCUAGUUUCGCCAAUUAGGGCUCAAAUUCAGGCAGCCAAAUUGGUAGCGAGGAUGGCAGAGCACGAUCCAAUUGCACGAGAGGAAUUUGGAAGAGAGAAUGCCAUUAGACCACUCAUGAACUACUUGGCUUUAGACAUGUUUGGUACGGGGAGGAUAGAUUACAGCAAUAGACCAGGAAACAGUGGAAAAGAGAAGGAGAAUGCGAGUCCUGAAUUGAAGAUGGAAUUGAAAUUUGCUUGUUCUGAGGCAGUAAGGAUGCUUGCGAGGGGUAGCGUAUCGAAUGGUAGGAUGAUAUCGGAGUCUUAUGGGCUGUCUUAUUUGGCGAAAUUGGUUGAGAAGGAGCAUGGAGAAUUGCAGGUUAAUUGUUUGAUGACGAUAAUGGAGAUAGCGGUGGUAGCUGAGUUCGAUACUGAUCUUAGACGAGCAGCUUUCAAGACUAGUUCACCGGAUGCAAAGGCAGUUGUCGAUCAGCUCUUGAGAUUGAUUGAGUCAUCGGAUAAUCCAGCAUUGCAAAUUCCUGCCAUUAAGGCAAUUGGUUCAUUGGCUAGAACUUUCCCAGCUAAAGAGAUUAGAAUAAUUAGUCCCUUGGUAGCACAGCUAGAGAAUGGAAACCAAGAUGUGGCAGCUGAAGCUACCAUUUCUCUGCAAAAGUUCGCUAGUCCAGAUAAUUUCCUUCACGCGGAGCAUUCGAAGACGAUAGUUGGGUUUGGUGCCAUCCCAACUUUGAUAAGAUUGCUGAGGAACAACCCAAGGAUACGGUUCCAUGGAUCGGUUCUCCUAUGCUACCUUGCAUUGCACGUUUGCGACCAUAAAGCCUUAGAAAAAGCUAGGGUCUUGACUGCCUUGCAGGGGGCAGAGCAUACCCUUGUUGCACAACAUCCUGAAUUGAGAGAAUUGUUGAGCCAGGCAAUAUAUCAGCUAACCCUUUAUCAUACCUGGAAUAAUUCUUAUAGACAAUCGUAUGUGGGCUUGGAUGGUUAA